AUGAUGCAUUUUUGUAACCUAAUUGAGGUGCUGUAUCUCCAUAUGAGAUGUACAUUGAAGCUUUGGGACAAAAUGAGGUGUUUGCGCAAGCGAUCUGCUGUAUCCUUUCUAGGAGUCCUUGUCAUUUGCUUGUUGUUCUUGAACUUAUAUAUUGAAGACAGCUAUGUCUUGAAUGGAGAUAAGCAGUUAAUCAGAGAUACGGCAACACAUCAAUUAAACUCCGAGCGGUAUGUUCACAGUUUUAAAGAUCUGUCCAACUUCUCAGGAUCAAUAAAUGUUUCCUAUCGCUAUCUGGCUGGCACACCUUUACUAAGAAAAAGAUAUCUUACCAUUGGACUAUCUUCAGUCAAACGGAAAAAAGGGAAUUAUUUGCUGGAGACAAUCAAGUCCAUAUUUGAACAGUCAAGUUAUGAAGAACUGAAAGAAAUUGCUGUGGUUGUACAUCUGGCAGAAUCUGACUCAACCUGGUGUGAUAGCAUGGUUCAAGAUAUUUCACAGAAAUUUGCCCAUCAUGUAAUUGCUGGCAGAUUAAUGGUAAUCCAUACGCCAGAGGAAUAUUAUCCAAUUUUGGAUGGACUUAAGAGAAAUUACAAUGAUCCAGAAGACCGGGUGAAAUUUCGCUCCAAGCAAAAUGUUGAUUAUGCAUUCUUGCUUAACUUUUGUGCUAACCUUUCUGAUUAUUAUGUAAUGUUAGAAGAUGAUGUUCGAUGUGCCAAAAACUUCUUGACUGUUAUUAAGAAAGUCAUAACUUCACGAGAGGGAACCUACUGGGUAACUUUAGAAUUUUCCAAGUUGGGUUACAUUGGGAAAUUGUAUCAUUCCCAUGAUCUCCCUCGUCUUGCUCAUUUUUUAUUGAUGUUCUACCAGGAAAUGCCUUGUGAUUGGUUGCUGAUACAUUUCCGUGGGCUGUUGGCUCAAAAGGAUGUCAUACGUUUCAAACCAUCCCUUUUUCAGCACAUGGGAUAUUACUCAUCUUACAAAGGAGCUGAAAAUAAAUUAAAAGAUGAUGACUUUGAAGAAGAUUCAUUCGACCUUCCAGAUAACCCGCCUGCCAACUUGCAUACCAAUAUGAAUGUAUUUGAGAAUUAUGAGGCGAGCAAGGCAUAUAGUAGUGUGGAUGAAUACUUCUGGGCAAAAGCACCUGCAACUGGAGAUUUUUAUGUCAUUGUCUUUGAUAGGCCUCUUAAAAUUAGCAAAAUCAAAGUUGUCACUGGCACUGAAGAUCGACAAAAUGAUGUUUUGCAUCAUGGUGCUCUGGAAGUUGGAGAAAAAAUUGUUGGGGGCAAAAAGGAAAGGCAAUGUACUACCUUCUUGAGACUAGGAGAAUUUAAAAAUGGAAAUUUGGAGGUCACAGAUGUGGAGCACAAAGUUCUUUUUGAUAUUAACUGCAUGAGAAUACUUGUUACCAAAAGCCAAAAGGAAUGGUUGAUCAUUAGAAGCAUUAGCAUAUGGAUUUCACAGCUACCAAGUCAAUAAGGAAAAUCAACAGAAGCAGAAUAUACCAUUGCCUAAAUCCAAUGAAAUCAUGCCAUGAAAUGACUCCCCCCCACCCCAGUCUUUUUGCUACAGGUACUGGCAAUCUGAGAAAUCACAAAACAAAUAAAAGCAAUCUAGUUUUUACUAGUUCGGUGAGGCAAUAUUCAAGUAUUACAUUGUUGGAAUGUCUGGAUUUUAUAGAAAGUGUAACAAGUUUUGUCCAUCAUUCAAACGCAAAUCCACUUCUUUGUUGUUUUCUUCUCUUUUCCCUUUUGGG